AGCGAGGGCAGACAGAGACGCAGCUGGGCGCCUCCCCUUCCUCAAACCAACACAACACCCCCUAAACACAGCGAUAGCGGCACAGAAACCUUCCGACGGGGCUUCCUCCCGGACACAGCGCCUGAAGUUCGCGUUGAGUUUCACAGCUCUUAACUCCUCCGUUUCUUUAUCUCCUCCUGCAAACCCACUCCUCCUUUCUUUGCUUUCUCCUCAUCCCGGACCAUGUGUGAUGAAGGGGAUCUGGAGGACAAGCCGCCCGCGCCCCCCGUCAGGAUGAGCAGCACCAUCUUCAGCGGCGGGAAAGACACGCUGGCUGUCAAUCACAGCUCCAAGCCCCUCCCCUCCGUGCCUGAGGAGCGCAAGCGCAACAAGAUCAUCUCCAUCUUCUCUGGAGCCGAGAAGAGUGGCCGGAGGAAAGACCGAGAUAAAGAGCGACCGGAGAUCUCUCCGCCGUCAGACUUCGAGCACACCAUCCACGUGGGCUUCGACGCCGUUACCGGAGAGUUCACCGGGAUGCCGGAGCAGUGGGCGCAGUUACUGCACACCUCCAACAUCACCAAAUCAGAGCAGAAGAAGAACCCGCAGGCCGUCCUCGACGUGCUCAAGUUCUACGACUCGACGGGAAACGGCCGACAGAAGUACCUCAGCUUCUCCUCAGAGAAGGACGGAUUAAUCUCUGGUGAACAGUCGCCUGUGAAAAAAACCCCAGAGCCCUCGUCUCCGAUCAAAACGGUGGAUGACGAUGAAGACGAUGACGAUGAGGAGACGCCUCCACCUGUUAUUGCACCACGACCAGAACACACCAAGAGCGUGUAUACUCGACCAUCGGUCAUCGACCCCAUCCCUGCUCCAGUGAUGUCUCCGGACAGUGAGGUCGCAUCGAAGCCCACCGAUCGACAGAGACCCAAAAAGGGCAAGAUGACAGACGAGGAGAUCAUGGACAAGCUCCGAACCAUAGUCAGUAUUGGAGAUCCAAAAAAGAAAUAUACCCGAUACGAGAAGAUCGGACAAGGAGCUUCAGGAACCGUGUUCACCGCCAUCGAUGUUGCUACUGGACAGGAGGUGGCCAUCAAACAAAUCAACCUGCAGAAGCAGCCCAAGAAAGAGCUAAUCAUCAACGAAAUUCAAGUCAUGAAGGAGCUAACGAAUCCCAACAUUGUCAACUUCUUAGACAGUUUUCUGGUAAGUGAGGAGCUUUUUGUCGUGAUGGAGUACUUGGCCGGCGGUUCGCUCACAGAUGUCGUAACCGAGACAUGCAUGGACGAGGCACAGAUUGCCGCUGUGUGCCGAGAGUGUUUGCAAGCGCUGGAGUUUUUGCACGCUAAUCAGGUCAUUCAUCGAGACAUCAAGAGUGACAAUGUGCUUCUGGGAAUGGAUGGUUCUGUCAAGCUCACCGACUUUGGAUUCUGUGCCCAGAUCACUCCUGAACAGAGUAAGAGGAGCACCAUGGUGGGAACGCCAUAUUGGAUGGCUCCGGAAGUCGUGACGCGCAAAGCCUACGGACCCAAAGUCGACAUCUGGUCCUUGGGCAUCAUGGCUAUUGAGAUGGUGGAGGGGGAACCACCGUACCUCAAUGAGAAUCCACUGAGGGCUCUCUACCUGAUUGCCACCAACGGGACUCCAGAGUUGCAGAGCCCUGAAAAGUUGUCGCCAAUCUUCCGAGACUUCCUGAGUCGCUGUCUGGAGAUGGACAUUGAGAAGAGGGGUGGAAGCAAGGAGCUAUUGCAGCAUCCUUUCCUGAAGUUGGCCAAGCCUCUCUCGAGUCUCACUCCUCUGAUUUUGGCCACCAAGGAUGCCAUGAAGAACAACCACUAGCUGUGCCCACGAGUGCAGCGGACUGCUAAACACUUUCAAAAUCUGUGCCAUGUUUUUUACCAGUGUGUCAACAACACAUCAGUGUUGCCAAAACAAAACCCCAAGCAUUUCAUUUGGGUCCUGCUUUUAAACCUGUAUGGACUGUUGUGAUGUUGGGGGACAUUAGAUGGUCUCCUCGUCAGAUUCUUCUGGGACUUUGUCUGUUUUAUCUAUGAACUCUUCCAUUUGUUGGCUUGUGUAGACCUCAUCUUGUCCAUAAUUGGUGAUCAGAAUCAAUUAUGGUGAUUUCAAAUCCAUCUGGAGACCUUUGGUUAUCUUUCAGUAGCCAGAACCAUGACUGAAAACUGUGUAGCCUACACCUGUUCUUGACCCAAAGGGAAGAGCACCUUACCGAUACAUGCCAACUGCGAGCAGUGAAGGAUUUUUGUAGUCACUUGUGCCUUUGUUUUUAUCCAGCAAACAUCUUUAUACUCUGUCUGAAGGGGCAGGUUUUUGCCAUUGAACUUCCUCUAACCUGAGACGAAACUUUCAUGUUGAUGAAAUGUGUAUAUGUAAUACUUCGAAGAAGCGUAGCAUUUCAGUUGAUGUAGUUAACCAAAAGCAGGAUGUGUAGAUUAGGUAGAUGUAUGUUUUUGUUCGUGAACACUUGUUGUUUUAGUAAUUAACAGUUUAUUACAAAGUGAAUGCAUUUGUCGAGAUGUAAGAAUGGAUAACUAUUUGUAUGCUUUUCAGCCACUUGUAUGCAAGAAGAAGCCGGAUUCCUGCAAAUUCUGUGAACAAUACAGUCAUUGCAACAUUG